ACAUUAACAACUCCGCCACUGGGACUUGCCUCCGCCGUCUCCCUCUGCCUUCCUUCUUCCCUUCACGAGACGAUAGGGUUUCCUCUCCUCCCCAUUCCUUCCCUUCCUCUUCCUCCGAAUCCUGGUUUAUCCGUUCGGUAACUCCUCUUCGCCUCCGAUUUGAUCUAAACUCGCGAUCGCUGAAGCAAAUGGCGGAGAUGAAGCAUCGGGAUCUGUGAAUCCGUCGACGUUGGACUUGCAUCGGGAUCCGGGAGGCGAUGGCCGCGUUUUGGACUGAAGACGACCGGCAAACGGCGGUGGCGGUGCUCGGCCCUCAGGCUUUCGACUACCUCAACGCCCAGCACGCCGACUCCCCCGACGGCCAUCUCACUGCUAUCGGCGGCGGCGAUGACGACCUCCAGAACAAGCUCCAGGACGUCGUGGAGGACCCCGACUCCGCUUGGGCUUACGCCAUCUUUUGGCAGAUCUCGCGGUCGGGGACCGGGGAAAUCGUCCUGGGCUGGGGCGACGGCCACUGCCGUGAGGUUGGGGAUUCUGAGGAGGAGAGCGACGGCCUCCGGAGACGCCCCUUCGAUGGAGCGCACCAGAAGAUGCGGAAGCGAGUGCUGGAGCGGCUCCACGCGCUAUCCGGGGGGUCGGACGAUGAGAACUACGCGCUCCGGCUUAACCGUAUCACGGGUGCGGAGAUUUACUUCCUUGCGUCCAUGUACUUCUCGUUCCCCAUAGGGAAGGAUGCUCCAGGAAGGGCGCUUGCUUCGGAGAAGCACAUAUGGAUAUCUGAGGCAGAAUUGAGGUCUCCCGGAUGCUCCAAUUACUGCGUGCGAGCGUAUCUCGCGUGGUCGGCGGGGUUCCGCACCAUCGUCUUCGUGCCGUGUGAUGCGGGCGUUCUCGAAUUGGGAUCGGUGAAUGCGUUGUCAGAGAGUUACGAGGCGCUGCGGAUGAUCAGAUCCAUCUUCGGUCAGGGCUACGUGAAGGCGACUACGAUGGUCGGGGAGAAGACAGACGAAAACGUUGAUCCAGCUUUUGCCUCGCGCGCUGGUACAGGCAACCAGGUCGCCGAGUUCCCGAAGAUCUUUGGGAAGGAUUUGAACAUUAGCCGGUCCUACGUCAACGAAAGGAGCCCGAUCCCGAAGAGGGAUCUGGUUCCAAUUGGUAUAACAACAGAGCACGGCGAUCGCCAUCCAAAGAGCCACCCUUUCGACGACGGUGCUACUGUGUUUCAAUGGAAUCAAAUCGACUCCAUGAACUCUCUUCAGCAGAAAUUCUGCAAUGGAUCACCAUCUGUUCGACAAAUUGACGGAGUCACCGGUGAUGACCAGCGAUUCAAGCAACUCCAACAGAAGCAGCAGCAGCAACCGCCACUGCAAAAGCAGCACCAGCAAUUGCAUUCACGCCCGCCUCCACAGUCUAGCCAAAUUGAUUUAGGCACGGAGGCGUUGGCAAAUGCUCCUUUUACUAGCCUAUUGACCGACCGCGCUCGGGCAGCUGACUCCGAGCUCUCGGACGUCGAGCUUCCGGCUAAAGAAGACAAGGCAGGCGCAAUGGACGAGCGCAGACCAAGAAAGAGGGGUCGCAAACCGGCAAACGGCAGGGAAGAGCCGCUGAACCAUGUGGAAGCUGAACGCCAGAGAAGGGAGAAACUUAACCAGAAGUUUUACGCCCUGAGAGCCGUGGUGCCCAACAUCUCGAAGAUGGACAAGGCCUCCUUGCUCGGGGAUGCCAUAUCUUACAUCACUGAGCUCCAGAGGAAACUGAAGGAGAUGGAGGCAGAGAGGGAGGUGUGGGGUGAUCCAUCAUUCGCCCACGACAAACAAGAGGCUCAUUGGCCCGAGGUCGAUAUCCAAUCGGCUCAGGAUGAGGUAAUCGUCCAAGUUAGUUGUCCUCUGGAGAGGCACCCUGUUUCCAAGGUCAUUCAAGCUUUCAAAGAUUCACAGAUCAACGUGGUGGACUCCACGGUUUCUGCUUCCAGUGACAAUGUCCUCCACACUUUCGUGGUGAAGUCACCUGGAACCGGAACCGAGCAACUUACCAAGGAGAAGUUAAUGGCUGCUCUAGCUCAUGAGUCGAGUGCCACCUGACAUUCAAACUCUCUCUGGGGUCAAUACAUUGCAUAGCGAAGACGUAGUUUACUAGUUUGUGGCGCAUGAAUCAAUCGAUGUCAAUAUAGCUAAUACCAUCAUUUAACUAUGCAUAAUUCACGACUUGAUUGUGACGCCACUGGCAAUUUUCCUAGAGUUCCAAAAGACGGCAUGGCAGUGCUCUAGAUAUUUUACUUAUAUUUCUCAUUCUAGAUAUAUUUUUUUUCUCCAAGGUUUGGCUGCUGUAGAAAUCAAAAACAACUUUCUCUUCCAUGUACCAUUACUCUUGAUAGUUCCAACAUCAAUUCUGCACUGA